AUAUGUUCCGGUAUUCCAGAGUUGUAUAAUAUUCUUGUGCUUUGGGAUCUUCAAUAUCAAGAUAUUCAUAAUGCGUAUGGUAGCACAUUUUGCAGAGGUGAAAUGAUUAUUCUUUCUAACUGGUCAUUGGCAGUUGCAGCAGUGAUAUGGUUGUCCUUUAUGGACUUUGUUAUUAUAGUAUGGGCAUUCCUUAUAGAAGUCUUGGAAGCAAUGUUUACAAAUAAGGUUCCAAUCUUCUUGGAUAAGAG